AAAGAGAGAGAUAAUUAAAGAAUCAUUUAUGCCCGGCUUAUACAAAUAUACACAUUUUAUCGCCUGAAAUCUUUAGGUCCACAUCCUGCCCAACUGGCAAAGUAAAAAAAAAAGUCUUUGAUAAGAUCAGAAAUCUCUUGCCGCCAAUGGCUGAAAUUUCAUUCGUCUCUGUGUUCACAACUCUGUACACAUAAAAUCGUAUAGAGACUUCAAAAGUAUACAACACCAGACGGUGCCAGAUCUAUUACCUAUCCAUUCAAGAUAACGGAAAAAUGGGCUAGAGCGAGGAUAUAAGUCAAAACACACACUACCGGGGUAAUAUCGUGUAGACAAAAUGUACAUUGCACUGGGCUCUAGCUCAGUCACGCUCAGUCCGAUAAAAUGGACAGAUCGUCGGCGCUAGCGCAGUUGUUUGUGCUGUUAUUCGUGAUCAAUACUGCAGAAUGGCAUGACGUGACGGUCGGGGCUAGUCGAGUGACUUUGACCGACAACGGCUACAAAAAUCUGGUGGUGGCCAUCAGCCCAGCAGCACCAAUUGAUCAAUCCGAAAGCAUAAUUAAAAAUAUCAAACAAAUUAUCACGGAUGCUUCUCCGGUGCUCUACAAGGCGACCGGUAAUCGAGCUUACUUCCAAAGUGUCCACAUUCUUAUUCCGGAAACAUGGGACCACAUCGAAGCUGAUUUAAGCACUUGGGAAACGUUCGAUACUGCUGACGUCAUCGUGGACACGCCCAAUCCCAUGCACAAAGAUGUGCCCUACACUCAACAGAACGGCAAGUGCGGCGAAAAAGGCGAAAGAAUUCACUUGACCCCGAACUAUGUGCUCACCAUCGUUCAAGAGCAGAACAUUGCCCAAUACGGAAAACCAGGCAAAGUCUUCGUUCACGAAUGGGCCCAUUAUCGCUACGGCAUUUUCGACGAGUACGGAACGCCCGGAGGAGAAUAUCCGCUCUUCUUCCGCCAAUCGGGCACUUCCUUCAUCGAACCCAACAUCUGCGCUAACAAAAAAAUCAUGUACAACACCCGUGACAUAAGCAACAACAAUGCGAACUGUCAAAUCGAUCCGGCCACGAAUAUCUACGAUCAAAACUGUCGAUUCGAAUUCCAUCCAAGUUUCAAGCCGGACACGUCGCUGGCUUCCUACCAUCUCCUGGACUCGGUGGUUCAUUUCUGCAAGGACGGCGACUUCCAUUCGCACCGAUCGGAAACUCCGAACAAACACAACACCAUGUGCGGCGGAGUCAGCACCUGGACGGUCAUCAUGCGGAACCCGGACUUUGCGUUUUACCAGAACAGACCCGUGGAUUUGGACCAAUUGCCCGCGAAAUUUAAAAUCGUCAAACCGACUGGCUCGCGUUUUGUUGUCGUCAUGGACGUUUCCGACAGCAUGAAGCAAUGCAACCGCAUCGAUAAACUGGGCGAGUCGGUCCGCGCCUGGAUCAAAAACGAUGUCCCCACCGGAAGCCAAUUGGGGAUGGUCAUGUUCAGUUCAACUGCUCACAUCGUGAGCGAACUGAAAGUCAUUUCCGACAUGAAAAUCCGUCAGGAAAUGAUGAAAAAAGUGCCAAAAAAUUUAUACUCCAUCACGUGCAUCGGAUGUGGUCUCGACCUCGCCGUUCAGAUGUUGCAAGAGAAGGGAAACAAUAAAACGGGUGGCAUUAUCGUUUUAGUUACCGACGGUAGAAAUUCAGCUGGUUACUUGGACAUUUCUGACGUGGAGGAGGACAUCGUCAAAGCCGGCAUACGCGUAGUCACCGUCGCCUUUGGGAGUGAAGCGGACAGCAAUAUCGAACGUUUGGCUGACGUCACUGGUGGUAAAAGUUAUUACAUCAAGGACGGUGACAGCAGUGAAGCUAUUCAACAGGCCUUUACGGGCGCCUGCACCUACCAGUCGAGAGUCAAAAACGACGAUUUGAAAUUCAAAUUGUUUGAAAGUACGGCGGCGUCGAAUUCGACCAGCAUCGAAGGCUGCUUCGACGUCGACGACACGGUCGGUCGGAAUUUGGUGCUCAGCGUCUUCAAUUUGGAUGAUCGAAACAGUUUGGAAUCGAUGCAAUUGUCGGGGCCGACUAAUGAAAUUUACGACCAAAUCGAUUUCGAUACUAGCACGGCCACUGUCACCGUGGCAUUGGCUAAGGUGGGACGCUGGGACUUGAAUGUCACGCUGAAAAGUUCCCAGUCUAAACCGGUUUUAGUCACCGUCAAGACUCAGCUGCGCCCGAAUGUCACGACGCCUAUCAACACUAGAUGCUGGGUUUCCAACGGAGCUGAUAUCAAGGAUGCGAGCAACCACCGGAUUCGAAUUCACGCCGACGUGUGGAAAGGAAGCCAUCCGGUCACCGGAGCCUCCGUUAAGGCUUAUAUAGUGAAGCCCAACGACGAGUUGGAGAUUUUGGACUUGCUGGACAACGGUGUCAAUGCGGAUACCACGCAAGAUGAUGGAGUUUAUUCCAAGUAUUUCGCCUAUCCCAAUCAGCCGGGACGGUACACAGUCAAGUGCCAAGUGAACAGCACCAAUCACAAGGCAUUCGAGCAACUGGGUUUUAUCGGCUCGGCUAGCCCUCAGCUUUUCGGUAAUGAGACGAUCACUGAAGAGGUGGAAAGAAUUCCAAUGGCAAAUUUCACCCGAAUCGUUUCCGGUGGCUCAUUUCAGGUGGAAAUCCCAGUCUCCAGUAAUGACUCCUACCCGCCAGCUGAAGUCACCGAUCUGUCGAUUAUGGUCGUUAACGACACCGCCACAAAUAUUUCAAUCGCAUUGAAAUGGACCGCUCCUGGGGAUGACCUCGAUUCCGGCACAGCUUCCUAUUACGAACUCAAGUAUUCGGAUGUCGUCGCCGAUGUCAUCAACUCCAACUUUGACGACGAAUCCCCCAAGCGGAAGAGUCGAUCCAUCAUCACGGAAGAGGAUCUCGUCGCUGGUUCGCUCCAGCCGAGCCAGGCCGGCGUCCAGCAAACGGCCACAUUUCAACUAACGGACGUCCAGCGGGAGAAACCCUAUUACUUGUCUCUGCGGGCCGUGGACAAGGCGGACAAAGUUGGUCAAGUCUCCAACUUGGUCGUUUUCUUCAUCCCGGACAGAACGUUGGUAGUUUUAACCAAGAAUUUCGAAGACGACGAUUCGGGAAACGGAACUGAUCAAGAAAUUCACAUUCACAUAAAUACCAAGGAGCCGAGCUAUCAUGUGGCGUCUUUAUUGGUUGCCGCCUUCGGACUCGUACUGAUAGUUUGUUUAGUCGUAAUGUUGCUGGUGGCUGUCGUCAAACACCUGCUAGUAUAUCGCUCUUACAAAGACGUCCCGGUUUAGUCAAAUAACAGAAUUCAAGUUUUGAAAA